UUUGGCAGCACUGGUUAAAUGUCAACUGUCAAGUUGGAAAUGUGUUGCACGUUUUGUUCUUUUUGAACAUCAGAUUAAUUUGUUUUUGGCCUUUACUUUAAGUUAAAAUAAUAUAUUAUGCUCAGUAUAAAUUACAUAUUUCAUAUUUUCUUCUCAAGUUAUUCAACGAGGCAUCGUAAUAUCUUGAGUUAAUUUUAAACUUUCUAUUUAUUUCGCUAAAUUAUGACAGCUAAAGAUAUUGACAACAAUGUCAUUAAUUACGAAAAAUCACUGGAGUAUUGGGCAGAUAUACCUGCUACAGUCGACGGAGUCCUCGGAGGCUUUGGGUUCAUAUCAGACGCUGAUAUAGAAGGUUCUACAAUAUUUUUGAACUCUCUUUUAUCAUCAAAAAAUCCACCUUGCACGAACACAGCGAUAGAUUGCGGAGCAGGCAUCGGAAGAAUAACGAAGUUUCUGCUAACACAAUUCUUCAAGUCAGUGGAUAUUGUUGAACCGGACAGCAAAUUUAUCAGUACAAUCAAAGACUUUGUUGGCGAAAACAAAGAAAAAGUGGGCAACUUGUACAAUGUAGGUUUGCAGGAAUUUCAUCCGGUUAAAAAAUACGAUGUAAUAUGGAAUCAAUGGGUUCUAGGCUACCUUAAAGACAUGGACUUGAUAUCAUACCUUGUUCGUUGCAGUAAUGCUUUAAAUGAAAAUGGAAUCAUAGUGGUUAAAGAAAAUGUUACAUCAUCUGGGAAACCAGAAAAUGAUGACAAUGAUUCAUCAGUCACAAGAUCUCUGAAACAAUAUCUAAAAAUAUUCAAAGAUGCCAAUUUGAAAAGAAUCAAACAGGUGAAACAAACAAAUUUUCCUAACGGCAUAUAUCCUGUUUAUAUGUUUGCUCUUGUGCCAAUAUGUAAUAACUCAGGACUAUACAAUAAUGUAUGCAAUGCAACAGAAAAAUAUGUCAGUGAGAUAAAUAAGUUAUAACAUAUAAGAUUUUUAUAGAUACAUUUAUAACAAUGUUAUAAAUUAGUGUAUACAUAUAAAUAAACAUUUUUAUGGCUUUA